ACACACACUCUGAUCGCAUCGUCUGCUGCUGAGUUGAACUUUUCUUCAGACUUCUCUUCACUUUCUUCUGUCUCGGAGACUUCAUUUUGAAACCCAUACCAUCCUUAUAUUUCCUUCUGAGGAUAAGUGAGGGAAGGAGGAAGUGCCUUGCUCAAAGGCAGCUUACCAACAGCUGCAGAGGAGGAGAGCGGAGGGUUCAUCUUCUGAAGACUUUCUCACGCUGACGUCAACCCUGCUUUGUAUAAACGUUUCUAACAUUUUUGCAGCCUAAAGUUUAAAAGUAGGGACUUAUUUUGCGACAACAGACGAGACUUUGUGACCCGUGCAGACCAGAUAACAUACUCAUAUUUCCCCUGCGGACUAGUGAGGAGAGGAGGAGUGCCUUGCUCAAAGGCAGCUGAGGAAGAAGAGGAAGGCGGUGACUUUAUCAACUUCUUCCAGAUUUUUUCAGGUAAAGUGUUUUUGCCGUCUGCUGCAUUUCUUCCAAGUCUCUGUCUCAAGGGACAAACAAGACUUUUGGAGCCAAACAGGGAAACACACUUCGAUCCUUUUCCGAGGAUAAGUAGAACAACGAGGAAAAGCAUCUGCUGAUGAAGAACAGGAGAGCGGCGGUGUUAUCAGGUUGACUGCAAUCGUCUCAGGUUCAGAUUUAGCGACGGAAGUUUUUCAGAUUUGUGACUAAAGACAAUACUUCAGGAACCGUGCAAACCAGAAAACAGACUUAUAUUUUCCUCUGAGGACAAGUAGAAGAAAGAAGGAAGUGCCUUGCUCAAAGGCAGCUGAAGAAGAAGAGGAAUUCGACACUUAAUCAACUUUUAUUCUGGUUUUCUCAGGUGACUGCAUUCGUACAUCAGACGCUGAUACAGCUCUCUGUUCCUCCGCUGGAUCUGCGUCCUGCAGCAGGACUUCUGAGAGAUUGUACUCUAACCCAGCAUGGCUGACUGGAGCUUACUGGGAAACUUCCUGGAGGAAGUACAGGAGCACUCUACCUCAGUUGGCAAGGUGUGGCUGACGGUCCUCUUUAUCUUCCGGAUCCUGGUGCUGGGCACCGCAGCCGAGUCUUCGUGGGGAGACGAGCAGGAAGACUUUAACUGUGACACCGAGCAGCCGGGCUGCGAGAACGUCUGCUACGACCGAGCAUUCCCCAUCGCACACAUACGAUACUGGGUCCUCCAGAUCGUUUUCGUGUCCACACCCAGUCUGAUCUACAUGGGUCACGCCAUGCACACCGUCCGCCGGGAGGAGAAGAGGAGGAGCAGGGAGGAAGAGGAGGGGGAGGGGGGAGGAAGAGAGGAGGAUCCGGGAGGAGGUGAAGAAACAGGGAAGGAGAAACAACGAAGGAAAGUAGACAAGGAGAGAGGAAAGGAAAAAAAAGAAGAAGGCCAGUCGGCGGGUCGAGUCCGUCUGAGAGGAGCGCUGCUGCAGACCUACAUCCUGAGCAUCCUGAUACGCAGCAUCAUGGAGGUGGUGUUUCUGAUCCUGCAGUACUUCAUGUAUGGAGUCUUCCUCCAUUCUCUGUACAUCUGCAAGGCCACGCCGUGUCCUCACCCGGUGAACUGCUACGUCUCCAGACCGACGGAGAAGAACGUCUUCAUCGUGUUCAUGAUGACGGUGUCGGCCGUCUCUCUGGCCCUCAGCGUCCUGGAGCUGCACCACCUGGCCUGGAGACACUGCUGCAGGAGGUACUUCUUGAACCGACGGGCGGCCGCUCCAGUUGAAGCCUCCCUCGCCCGGCAGCUCUCUCUCUCCCCUCCCCCGCCGUCCACCCCCCCUCCGGACUUCCGCCAGUGUGUGAUUGGCUCGUCUCACUUCCUGCCCCUCCCCUUCCCCAGCCACCACCUGGCUGACCAGCAGAACUGCGAGAACAUGGCGACUGAGAAGCACAAGCUGGCCGAGGAGGUGACCCUGCUGCAGAGGGGCUGCUUCCCGCCCGGCUGGCAGGAAGCCGGGGGCCAUCAGAUCCAGGACGGCGGAUACCUGAGGACCGACGCUAACGCCUACCCCCCCGGCGGCAGGGACGGCAGCGCUCAGAGCCAAAAUGGUGUCGCGGACGGGCUGGUGAUGUGUCCGAACGGGAUCUGCCAGAAGGACAAGCGGAGGUUCAGCAGAGCCAGCGGGACGAGCAGCCGGACGAGAGCCGACGACCUCUCGGUUUGAAAGAGAUUAUUCAACAGCGCUGAACAAACUGGGACUGAUUUGACCCUUUAAUGCACCAACACAGCUGCAGGAAUCAGAGCUCAAACAUUUAAACUCAAAUCUUUUUCCUUUCCAUAUUUAACGCCCAAACUUUUUUCAUGAACACUAAAAAAAGUUCCAUAAACAAUUCAGUUCAGCAUUUUAGGAGAGCCUUUUUAAAGAGGCCCGGUUCUGCUUCUGUGCAGUGUGUCCUAUAGUGCAUGUAAAUGGUCUGCAGAGGCUCAGAUCCCUGUGUUCCUCCAGAGGGGGUUUCUUCUACUGUCAUUCAGAUGUGUUUGUGUCGGCAGGUUUUAGCUGAUGCUUUAUGACAGAGGUUCUUCUGAAGAUACAGAACAGGAUAAUAAAACAGUAUCGAGGCCCUGGUUCUGAAGCCGGGAAUCAGAUGAAAGUUAUCACGUGAAUUUCACCAGAAAACAGACGUCUGAUGGAAAGCUUUUAUACCUUUCCACCAGUUAAGUGCCUUGAAUUGUAUUACUUUCUUAUAUUUCUUAAGAACAACUGGACCUCUUCUUUUUCAAAGAUGAUGGAACAAAUGUCUUCCAAGCCGACUUUAGCUUUUGUUUAGCGUCUGUUCUUUACAUCUGAUUUACAGCUGUUGGAAAUGAACCACUGAACCAAGUCACCACACUGGAGGGCGUUGGGAACUUUUGACCCCUAAAAGUUCCCCUGUCAUCCUCCUCAUCAUCAGUAUAUUCAGGUGUCAGAUAUAUCCAGAGCCUGUCGCUGAAACACCAAACAGAUCAUCCCAUAACCCCCUCUGUUUCUGUUCCUAACGAGCUGAUUCUGCGUCUGUAGCUUUAAAUGCUAAUGAGCUGCUGCUGGCCACGCCCCUCAGAGCUGAUUGGUUGAAAGAAACACAAUUGAGCUGUAGGAGGAGAAUCAGGUGAUCAGGUUGUACGGAUAUGGUUGGUGAUUUGCUAGUGGUUGCACAACCCAAACAAACAUAGUGACAUCACAAUGUGGUCGAAAUCUGGUCAGCUGAUUUUAGACUCACUUAUUCACUGUCGUCAGGCAGGUUUCAAAUUCAGUGCAGUAACAGGAAGUGAAUACAUUUACUGUCAUUUUACUACUUUUUACUUUGUCUUCAUUUUCAUAGCCUAAAGAGUUCACACCUGUUUUUUUUGGGGCUUUUUUUAUUGUAUUUCUUGUUUUAAAAGCAGUAGCUGUUUUUUACUGGAUACAGAUGUUUGUCCAAUCACUGAAGAGCACAAAAUGCAUUUUUAUUGGAGGAUCUUUUUUAUUAUUCACAGUAUUUCUUCACUUUUCAAAGUUGAUUUAUUAAAACUUGCAAUAAGACCUAACUGGUGUUUUUAAUGUGUUGAUUUAGAGGAUUUCUGGUCAGUUUAUACACUAUUACUGUCAUAUCACAUCUGGACUGAAACACAACCUUUAUCAUCUCUGUGAAAGCUGUGUUUUGUUAAGGGUUCAAAUAUUGAAGUUACUGAUCGUCCUAGCUUUGUAUUUAUUAUUCCACUUCAGAAAUGUGAAUGGUGUGUAUGUGUAUUAAACUUUGCAAAAACUG